AUAUCUCUCAUUGUACAUACCCCUUCUUAACGCAAACAACUAAAAGUAUACUUCUAUUUUUGCAAAGAAUAUUUGGUGUUAUUUUAACGGUAUUUUGCGGAUUUCUUAAGCAAGAAAAUUGUUUAAAUCAAUCGGCCGAGAUGUUAACGGACACAGAUGAUGAUUUCUUCUUUGAAGAAGAUAAAAUUUCAAAACCCGAAAUGGAAGACAAUAAUGCACCUUUAUUACCAAUAGAGGCCUUAUCCUUUGAUAUUACACCAAUUGCCACAUCCAGCAAUAGCAUUACAUCGGCUAAAGAAUCCCAAGAAGCUGCAAUAGAAUCAAACCAACUGAUAAACAUUACAAAUGAUGAAGAGACCAAACCCAUGGAGGAAAAUGGUGAUUCGAUGGCAGAAGCAUCUUGUGACGACAAUUUGACAAUUGUCGAUGAUGAUUUAGUGACGGGCGAUGUAACAACAGUUGUUUAUACUGCCACUUCAUUUGAAUCGGAAAAGUUUGAUGAUUUUACUAAACAAAAAUUCGAAUUAGAAAGAUUGGGCAUGACGGUCAGUACAAAAUCUGUGGUGAUAGUUAAGGAUGACACCAAUCUCAUAGGCAUUAGCAUUGGCGGUGGUGCCCCAUUGUGUCCAUGUUUGUAUAUUGUACAGGUUUUCGAUGGUACACCUGCCGCCAAGGAGGGCUCGCUUGAAAGCGGUGACGAACUGCUGGCCAUAAAUAGUACCAGUGUAAAGGGCAAGACCAAGGUACAAGUGGCCAAAAUGAUUCAAGCUGCCAGCCAACAAGUCACCAUACACUACAAUAAAUUACACGCUGACCCGGAAAGAGGAAAAUCGCUGGACAUUAUAUUAAAAAAAUUAAAACAUCGAAUUGUUGAUAAUAUGUCCAGUAAUACGGCCGACACACUGGGUUUAUCUAGAGCGAUACUUUGUAACGAUUCCCUGGUCAAGAGACUUGAAGAAUUGGAGGGUACUGAAAUGAUGUAUAAAGGCAUGGUGGAUCAUGCCCGUCGCAUGCUCAAAGCUUAUUAUGAUCUAUUACAAAGUUAUCGGGCAUUUGGUGAUUGUUUUAUGCGCAUAAGCACCCGAGAGCCUCAGAUGAGAGCUUCCGAGGCAUUUCGCCUGUUUGGAGAAUUUCAUAGAAAUUUGGAAAAAGAUGGUCUGGCUAUAAUAAAGAAAAUCAAACCAAUAUUGGAUGAUUUGGGGACAUAUCUACAUAAAGCCAUACCGGAUACAAAGCUAACUGUAAAACGUUAUAUGGAUGCCAAAUUUACCUAUUUAUCGUAUUGUCUGAAGGUCAAGGAAAUGGAUGACGAGGAACAUGGCUUUAGUGCCAUUCAAGAGCCACUUUAUCGCGUCGAAACCGGCAACUAUGAAUAUCGUCUCAUAUUAAGAUGUCGUCAAGAUGCCCGCACGAAAUUUGCCAAACUAAGAACUGAUGUCUUGGAAAAAAUGGAGUUACUGGAAUGUAAACAUGCCAAUGAUUUAACAAAACAGCUGCGCAGCCUGUUAGAUUGUCUAAGGCAACUCUGUUCGUCUAUUGUGGAGCGCAUGGAGACAUUACCAAAUCUCUUUCCCAUAGAAGUUGAUUUUAAGGAAACUGAUUUCCAGUAUAAAUCAAAAAUCCUGGAGCCACAAAAACUCGAUGAUGACGAAGAGGAAGAACAACAGCAGGCGGCAAAGAAAUCCUCUAGCACUAGUAAAGUGGGUGAAAUUGUAUGCGGUGUGGAGGCAGUGGAAAACCCCGCAGCCAUAAUAAAUGUUCCAGCCGCCAAGGCAAAUGUCUCAGAAGAUAUCCUCUUCUUAACUGAGAACACAAAUACUGCAGAGACACUGACCACAAAACAAUCAACCACAAACCUAAAUGAAAACGAUCAACUCCUAAAAGAUCUUGGGCUUUUGGGUAUUGAUCUAACAGCUUCUUCUAAUCAUCCUGCUACUGAUCCAUUUUCGUUAGGAAACAGCAUAACACAAACCCCGCUAUCACCUUCCAAUGGAACAUAUGAUUUUGAUUUGUUUCUAAAUCAAAAAUCUUCUUCAGCUGCUGAGAGUACAAAACAAUUGGAAAAGGAUUUAAUGGCUUGUAAUGCUUUAGAAACUGAUUUGUUGUUGCAAUAAGGAAACAUAUUCGGUUCUUGUCAUUACUUCUUAAUUAUCAUCAUCUAUGGUGAUGAUUCGUUACAAAUACUGUGUAAUUCAUUCUUUCCCAUAUUAAUACAAUUUAAAUCACAAAAAGUAGCUAGCAAAAAUACUAUUUUCCGCAAAUAGUUUUCAAAAUUCUGUUUCAUUAUUUUCCAUAUGAUUUUAAAUAGAAAAUUUAAAAUCGUUAUCUUUAAUGAUUUGGAGAUUUGUACAUUAAAGAAAUAUCUUAUAUAUACCUAUAUUGAAUACAUUUAUAAAACCUAUUAUUUAUGUGUUACCAAAAAAAAAAUAAUAAAUACUUGCAUUUUGGAGAAAAAUGGUUUUAUUAAA